AUGGCUCUGCUGAGUGAGGAAGUGAAAGUAAUCGAGCAAACCAAGGUUUUUCCACCGCCAGGCUCAGUCCCCACAACCUCUCUUCCCCUCACUUUUCUGGACUUGCAAUGGCUCCUUUCUCACCACAUGCAACGCACCUACUUCUACGAAUUUCCUCAUCCUAUCAACCACUUCUUAGAAACCCUACUUCCCUCUCUCAAAAGCUCUCUCUCCCUCACUCUCCAACACUUCUUCCCCUUCGCCGCCAACCUCGUUUGCCCUCCGCCGCCAGCGAGGCCCCACAUUCUCUUCACCGAUGGCGACUCCGUUUCACUCACCGUCGUCGAGUCCACCGCCGACUUCAACUUUCUCACAGCCCAUCACCCGCGACCCGUCAAAGCCUUGUACCCGUUGGUCCCCAAGUUGGCUCCUGCACGUGUUGAGGGCGACAAACGUAUCGAACCUCUCAUGGCCUUGCAACUCACCGUGUUUCCCGACUCCGGCAUCUGCAUAGGCGUUCGGUUUAACCAUGUGGUGGCCGACGGGAAGACGCUUCACCACUUUCUGAAAUCCUGGGCGUUGAUUUGCAAGACCGGUGGAGAUUCAACGUUGCUUGCUCAAGAGCUGAGAUUGCCGUCCCAUGAUAGGGCCACAAUUAAGGGCCCACAUGGGCAAGAGCUAGCGUUCUUGAACACAUGGUGGAGCCUGGCAUCGACAUGGAAAAACGACAACGACGACGACGACGAAAAAUCCGUCCUCGAUUGUCGUAAUAUCGAUAACGUUCGUGCCACAUUUGUUCUACCCAGAGCCCGGAUUGAGAAACUAAAGCAUUGGCUCACAAAUCAAUUGUCCAAAGACGAAAACUCAACGUCGUUUCACAUGUCGUCGUAUGUCGCUACUUGCGCGUUGAUAUGGGCUUGCCUGGCGAAAUCGGAAGCGAAAAACUCCACGGAAAAGAUCAAUAAAGAUGAUGAGCCUUACUACUUCGCCAUCGUGGCGGAAUGCCGAAGCCGCCUCGAGUUUCCAUUACCGGCGACCUACUUUGGAAACUGCUUAGCGGUGUCUUUCGUGCCGGUGAAGAGGAAGGAGUUAUUGGGAGAAAAUGGGACCGUCGCGGCUGCCAAGGCCAUUGGGAAGGAAGUUAGGGAAAUGAACAAGCAAGCUUUGAAAGAGUUGGAGAAUUGGGUGAUGAAGUACAAAAAAAUAGAGGAGUCACAUCGGCAACAUGUCACUGUGACGGGCUCGCCGAAAUUUGGUCUUUAUGAGGUGGAUUUCGGGUGGGGAAGGCCUAAAAAGAGCGAAGCCGUUCAUUUCAGUGAUUCUUCUACAUUUUCUCUUGUUGAGAGCAGGGACGAGAAAGGUGGAGUCGAAGUUGGUUUGACACUAAGCAGGGAUCGAAUGAGUCGUUUCAGUGCCAUCUUGGAAAAAAUCUUGUCGGAGUUGGUUUGA